GGCACGCCGCAGAAGGACGUCAGUAUCAAGUCAGAUGCACCCAGCACCCUGUUGUUGGAGAAACAUGCGGACUAUAUCGCGUCCUACGGAUCCAAGAAGGAUGAUUACGAAUACUGUAUGUCUGAAUAUUUGAGAAUGAGUGGCAUCUAUUGGGGUCUGACAGUGAUGGAUCUCAUGGGACAACUUCAUCGCAUGAAUAGAGAAGAAAUCCUGACGUUUAUUAAGUCGUGCCAACACGAGUGUGGUGGAAUAAGUGCUAGUAUUGGACACGAUCCUCACCUUUUAUACACUCUUAGUGCUGUUCAGAUUCUUACUCUGUAUGAUAGUAUUAAUGUUAUUGACGUAAAUAAAGUUGUGGAGUAUGUUCAGAGUCUACAGAGAGAAGAUGGGUCUUUUGCUGGAGAUAUCUGGGGAGAAAUUGACACAAGAUUCUCUUUUUGUGCGGUGGCAACAUUGGCUCUGUUGGGGAAGCUUGAUGCUAUAAAUGUGGAAAAGGCCAUUGAAUUUGUUUUGUCCUGCAUGAACUUUGAUGGUGGAUUUGGGUGCAGACCAGGUUCUGAAUCCCAUGCUGGGCAGAUCUAUUGUUGCACAGGAUUCCUGGCUAUUACUAGUCAGUUGCAUCAAGUAAAUUCUGAUUUACUUGGUUGGUGGCUUUGUGAACGACAGUUGCCCUCAGGUGGACUCAAUGGACGACCAGAGAAGUUACCAGAUGUAUGCUAUUCAUGGUGGGUGUUGGCUUCACUGAAGAUAAUUGGAAGACUUCACUGGAUUGAUAGAGAGAAACUUCGUAGUUUCAUCUUAGCGUGUCAAGAUGAAGAAACGGGAGGAUUUGCAGAUAGACCAGGAGAUAUGGUGGAUCCUUUUCAUACAUUAUUCGGGAUUGCUGGAUUGUCACUAUUAGGCGAAGAACAGAUUAAGCCUGUGAGUCCUGUGUUUUGCAUGCCUGAAGAAGUUCUUCAGAGGGUGAAUGUGCAGCCAGAGUUGGUGAGCUAGGUGCACUCAAGCAAAAGUUGCACAGUAGAGUCGCCACCUCAACUUUUCUGUAGUUGAAGAACCUAAAAAUGACUACUGUUAAUAUUUUGUACAUUGUGUUAAAUUAAUUUUAAUAAAUUAUAUAAUUAUACAUAUUGUAAAAUAAAGACCUGUAUUUUAUUUUUUGCUUU